AUGCCGAAUACACCACCUCCAGCGCUAUUACCCCCACCAGAAGGGAUAUUCAGGACUUUCGAUGACUUGAUGGCAUCCGUACAGCGCGUAGCCAAGGACCAGGGCUACGGCAUCGUCAAGUUGCGCGCUUCAAACUACCGCGACGGAAAACCCACUCGCUACGACCUUGUUUGCGAUCGCGGUGGUGUCAAGUACAACAGCACUGCUAAGAAGCGCAACCCCUCCACGCGCAAAAUUGAUUGUCCCUUUCGCGCCAAAGCCGUCUGCGAAGUCCAGCUCGGGAACCAAUGGCGCUUUGCUAUUCAAGAGGGCCGUCACAACCAUGAACCGCGAGUUCCAGCCGGUACGCCUGGCCAGGAGAACGCGCCGCUCGCUACAUCUAUCCGAUCAUUCACAAACAAGCUCGACCGUCUAAGCCACGAUAUGGCCCAGGGCCUAAUGCGCAUCGAACAGCGCCUCGACAACAUCGAAAAGCGGAUGGAGAACCUGGAAGCGAGAGCUGGCGGCUACGAACCACGAUUCCAGGCGAUUGAGCAAAGGCUUCAAGGAAUAGAGGGCCCUCGAAUGGACGGUAUGGGUAUGGACGAUGUGGAACAGCGCCUUCUGGCCUCGACAGUCAUGUAG